AUGGAAGGAAACUACCUUAACAGAAACUCUCUCCAGAGAGAGGAUAGCUUUGGCUUUGAGGAGCAUACAUGGGGAACUUCAUGGCCUGCUAGAAACUAUGCCUGUAGCUUUUGCAAAAGAGAGUUCAGGUCUGCACAAGCAUUGGGUGGACACAUGAAUGUUCACAGAAGGGAUAGGGCAAGGUUGAGAUCAUCCUUAUCUUCAUGGGUUUCUGAGUGCCCUAAACCUAACCCUAGCACUAAGCCCAACAACCCAAAUCUUCUUCCAUCCUCUUCUUCACCAUGUCCUUUAUCUGACGAACUUUUGAAUCAUGCACAUCCUUCUCCACUUUGCAGUCCUUGUCUCACUUUGUCUUCUUCAUCAUCCUCUCUAGCUUCUACCAAUGGAGAUAAGAAACCAAGACUCACACUUUCUCAUCAGUUUCCUCUUUUGAAUCCUCAAAGUAGGGAUAUUAUGAACACAAGGAGUGGUUUCAGUGUUGAUGAGGAAAUGAAGGGUUGUGAAGAGGAGGAGGAGGAGGAGCACCAGGUUUUGAAGAAUAAUGAGCAAAACAUUACGUUGGAGUUAGGAAUAGGGUUGCUUAAACACCAAGAUCAGGAGAAGUUAGAUCUGGAGCUUCGUCUCGGGCAUUGA